UUAGCACGCGUGUGUGUACACGCGACUUCGCAAAGUCCAAAAGUUUAACGACAUACUCUAAAGAACCAACUUUGGACUUUGUCAUUUCUCUUCUCCUUCUUAUACCUUCUUUUCCUCUCUACUUGUGCAUAAACAAAGGAAGUUUGAGUUUUUGGAGAGAAAGGAAGAAACUUUUCAGCAUGAACGAGAAGGCUAACGUUUCUAAAGAGCUUCAUGCUAAGCACAGAAAGAUAUUGGAGAGCCUUUUAAGAUUACCAGAAAACCGAGAGUGUGCUGACUGCAAAACCAAAGCCCCAAGAUGGGCAAGUGUGAAUCUGGGAAUUUUCAUAUGCAUGCAAUGUUCAGGGAUCCACAGAAGUCUUGGAGUACACAUAUCAAAGGUGAGAUCUACCACUUUGGACACUUGGCUUCCGGAGCAGAUCGCAUUCAUUCAAACUAUGGGGAAUGAGAAAUCAAACAGCUACUGGGAAGCAGAGUUGCCUCCUAGUUAUGACAGAGUUGGAAUUGAGAAUUUCAUUCGUGCAAAGUAUCAAGAUAAGAGAUGGGUUCCCAGGAAUGGGAAAGCAAAAUCUCCUUCAAGGAUAAAUGAUGAGAAGGCUUCAGUUAAUAGACCGGGAAAGCUUAAUAUUGGGCAAAGAUUUAUGAAUAACAUAAAUCAUGUUUCCGAAGAGAGGAAUAUUGCUCAGCCCCCUAUUACAAAUAACAACAACAUUCCUGCUUCAAAACUUAGUACUCCAGCAUCUGUUAAAGUAGUUCAGCAGGUCAAACCUGAUCCGCAGAUCCAAGUACCUGUGCAGAAUCCAGAACCAGCAGUCCCAGAGGCCAAAUCGGUAAAGCAGGAAGCUCCUACUACAUCAGUUGUUACACAACACAAAGUGGAUUAUGCCACGGAUCUUUUUAACUUGCUUUCCAUGGAUGGUUCAAGGGAAACCGAUGCCAAGACUUCUACUGAUACAAACACAUGGGUCAAUUUUGAAUCUGCAAAUGCAAAAUCAACUGCAGAGAUAAGUAAUUCGUCGAAAACAACUGCAGAGAUAAUUAAUUCAUCAAAAACAACUGAAUUAAAGACACAAUCCAAGACCAACUAUGGACUUGAGGAUCUAUUUGUAGAUUCACCGGUAGUCCCAUCUAUUUCAGAAAAGCCUCAGAAAGAUGUGAAUAGUGAUAUCAUGAACCUCUUUGAAAAGUCUAAAAUGGUGUCUCCACUUUCUACCUAUCCAGAGCAACUUGCUAUGCUCACUCAGCGACACUCCUUACUCAUAGCUGCAACAGCAAAAUCUAAUGGUGGGCCUCAAACCUUCCCUGUCAAUGUACAUCAACCUAUCUCUAAUGGCGCUUACUUGCCGACUCAGAAUUGGGGAAUUGUUGGCCAUCAAGUGCCAGUAAUGAUGAUGCCAAUCAAUAAUCAGCAAAAAUAUGUACAGAUGGGAAAUAGUCAAUACUCAUAUCCAGCAGGGAAUUUAGUUAAUAUUCCAACAGCCAGCAUGAUUACACAAUGGCCAAUGACUCCAGUCAAUGGUGCAGCAAAUAUUAGAGCAAGUACCAGGCCUCCUAUAGCACCUUCGGAUUAUGAUUUUUCAUCUUUAACACAAGGAAUGUUUACAAGACAAUGAUCGAUUCCAAGAUACAGAUGCUUAUCAUUCCUCCUUAUAGCAGAAAUAUAGUUAAAUCACCAAAAACAGUAACAAAAGAAACUUUUUGCACUCAUUCUUCUUAAUUUCAUUCUUAAUAUCAUAUAUUUCAUGUGGUAGGGGAUUUCUUUUA